AUGGUCUAUUCUAAAUCCUUAAUCUCUUUCCGAAAAUCUGCAGCACUAAACCCUAUCGAAGGUAUUUGGAAUAUAAUUAAGCAACAUCUACGACGUGGACUCUUUAAUUCGGAGGAAGAGAUGAAGGAGGUCCUCCAGGAAGGGUGGGGCAAAAUCACGCUUAAAGAGAUACAGGAGCGCAUUUCGAUUAUGCUCCUACGGUGUUCGCGCCUAGCCAAAACGGGUGGAAGGCCCAUUAAAGGACUCAAGUGGUAG